CCUUUCUCCACUCUCUCAACACCAACUCACCAAGCCACUCUCCAACAACCCAAAGAAGAUCCAAUUUUCUUGUCUAACAUGGCGAGAUCUAGCCCCGUCUUGCUGCUACUCUCAAUUCUGUACAUUGCUGGCACUGCAACUUCUGCUAGCACCACAAGUUCAAGUGCAAGCGCUACAAAUUUCAUCAAGGCCUCAUGCACCGCCACAACAUACCCUGCCUUGUGUGUCCAAUCCCUCUCCCUUUAUGCCACUUCAAUCAACCAAAGUCCACGCCAGCUGAUUCAGACGGCCUUGGCUGUGAGCCUAGACAAAGCUCAGUCCACCAAGACAUUUGUCUACAAGUUGACAAAGUUCAAGGGAGUUAAGCCCAGAGAAAAGGCAGCGAUCAAGGAUUGCUUUGAAGAGAUUGAUGAUACCGUGGACAGGCUUGUUAAGUCAGUUAAGGAGUUGAAGAACAUGGGGUCAUCUAAGGGUUCGGAUUUUCAAUGGCAUAUCAGUAAUGUUCAGACCUGGAUUAGUGCUGGAUUGACUGAUGAAAACACUUGUGUUGAUGGGUUCGCUGGCAAGGCUUUGAAUGGAAGGAUAAAGAAUUCAAUCAAGGCAAGGUUUGUUCAUGUUGAAAGGGUGACUAGCAAUGCACUUGCGUUGAUUAACAAGUUCGGUUCCAAGUACUAAUUAAGUAGCUGCUGCUGCUACUGGCCAUUGGAGUCCUUUUUCUUGGCCAAGCUUCUUGAAAACGAUCUGGUUACUUCUUGUUGAGCCUUGGUUUUACUGUUUAUGUAUCAUAAAGAAUUUUGAGUGAUGUAGCUUGUGGACUUUUUUCCUUAAAUAUAUGUGUGUGAUAGUGUUCUAUA